AUGUUUCUUUUAAAGCUGGAUUGAAUGAAAGGCCACUCACAUAUGUUAAUAGAGGUGAAAGAAAGGAUUGAGAGUAAAAUUUCGCAGUCUCGGCACUCGAUUCUGCUCAUUCUCCACCACACAACGCAAUUGAAUUCUGAAAGAACUACAGAAAAAGCUGAUUUUUCAGAAACACUACGAUUUUCCAGUUUUUUUAUAAGAAAGCAUAUAAGCAGAUGCAUUAAACUGAAAGGAGCAUAUUUUACAGUUAUCUCGUAUCAUUCUGAAAGAAAGAGCAGUUGAAAUGUCAAUAUAGCGCCCAUCAUUCACAAAAUUGAAUAA